GCGUGCGCGCUGCGCGGCCGGCAGGGUGCCUAGGGGGCGGGGCGGGGGCCUGUCUGGCCUCUUUGCCUCCUUUCGCCGCCCGGACACCGCGUAGGCCGCCGGCACCAUGAAGAUCUGGACUUCGGAGCACGUCUUUGACCACCCAUGGGAAACUGUUACGACAGCCGCAAUGCAGAAAUACCCGAACCCUAUGAACCCCAGCGUGGUGGGAGUUGAUGUGUUGGACAGACACGUAGAUCCUUCUGGAAAGUUGCACAGCCAUAGGCUUCUCAGCACGGAGUGGGGACUGCCUUCCAUGGUGAAGUCUCUUAUUGGUGCAGCGAGAACCAAAACAUAUGUGCAAGAACAUUCUGUAGUUGAUCCUGUAGAGAAAACAAUGGAGCUUAAAUCCACUAAUAUUUCUUUUACAAAUAUGGUUUCAGUAGAUGAGAGACUUAUAUAUAAACCGCAUCCUCAGAACCCAGAAAAAACGGUCCUGACUCAGGAAGCCAUCAUCACGGUGAAGGGAGUCAGCCUCAGCAGCUACCUGGAAGGGCUCAUGGCCAGCACCAUCUCCUCCAACGCCAACAAGGGCCGAGAAGCGAUGGAAUGGGUGAUUCACAAACUAAAUGCGGAGAUUGAGGAAUUGACAGCUUCAGCAAGAGGCAGCAUAAGGACCCCGAUGGCGGCGGCGGCGUUUGUAGAAAAAUGACGAGCGUUGGUAGGCGACACCCCGCUCCGCGGAUCUCGACUAGCUGGCAUUGUAUUUAUUCAUUAUUUAAAAAAUACAACGAAAGUAAAGAAAAAAAUGCAACUAUAUUUUAGGUAGAAUUUUCUUUUUUUAAUAAGCUGAAGAAAGGUUAUGUGACUUGAUAAAAACAGAUACAGGGAUGCUAAAUAAAAGGGAACAUCUGAAGUUAUUAGUGUUGUUUGAAAUGACUCUGGUUUUGAAGACUGCAAUAUUGACGUGAAAAUUUAACAGUUUUUGAAAAGUGCUUGGAAAUUGGUGUUAGCACAUUACAUCUCUUUCAGGUAGAAUUUCCAAGCUUUUCAUGCACCAGAAUUCUUCCCUGGCCUUGGACCAGCCCCAGGACAGAGCAGAGCUGCCUCCACACAGACAUAGUCGCCCUGCAGUGGGAAACCUUAAGGGGGAUCUCGCAUUCAGAGGGGAAAUGGUCUAGUUUUAAAAGAUAUAUUAAAUUUGUAUAAAAUAGCCUGCUCUGCUAUAAACCACCUCUAAAGACCAGUGUUUUAAUUUGGUACUUAACUGACAUUUUCGGAGUGAAAAUUAUCCCUCGAGUAUAAUUCCAACAAAAGUAGGAUUUUAUUCUGUUAACAAGUACUGCGUUGAUUUGCCAAAGUUUUGUAACUUAGUGAAGGUAUUACCUUCCUUGGAUUUGUACUUUAUGAGUUAGUAUUCAGUGUCGUGGGCUGGUUAUGUUAACUGAAAAAAAUAAAGUCAUUACCAGAAUUUUGCAGCACUCUGAACUUAAACAGCAGAACAGCUGUUCACAUCUUUGAGCUUUUCACAUUUGCCUAACUUAUAAAUUGCCAUGUGUCAAAAUCAUGGUUCUGUAAUUGCUAAAGCAUGAUAUGUCAGGUUAUUUGAAUAUAAUUACUUUUUGAAGUAAUUGUGACCACAAAACAUCUUUGUUACAUGAAGAGCUGUACAUCAUUUGAAAUUACUGAAAUGAUGUCUUGAUCGGAGGCAUAACUCCCAGGUACUUGAUGUUUUUAAUAAUAGUGUGCCGCUGCAGGGGUGGGGGCGGCGGGGCGCGGGAGCGGAACAACGGGGAGGAGAAGCAUUGACCUGCGCUAACCGCUGCGUGAACUGGUUUGCAGCCUUUAUUUACAAGACAUCCUCACUUCGGUGCCAAAGGGCAGCUGCACUCUGGAAAACAACCCAGUGAAUGUAUUUCAUUUCAUAUUUUAUAGCACUUGUCAACCAGUAAAAAAUAUCUUUGAUACUUGCAGUUGUCGCUUAGUAUUUUCGUUAAAAGGUGAUUAGAUCUUGCCUUUAUUUCACAGUGCUUAAUGUGAUAAAUUUCUAGUCAGGUUUCCUGUAAAAAGAAACCAGGUAACAUGUACAUAAACCAUAGGAAUAGUGUACCAAACUACGGAAAAAUUAGUGAUUCUCUACUUAAAAUACUGUUUAGCUUAAUACUUACUAGGGCAUUUGUAAAAACAAAUGACAUUCAGUAAGUUUUUUGAUUAUUUUUUGUAACCAGAGAUGGUUUUUACAGUUGAAAUAAUUUUCAGCUAAAUACUGAUAUUUAAUAAAAAUUGCCUUGUAUAAUUUCUGUGAAUUAUACUUGUUCUGAGAAAGGUGUAAUGAAUGCCCGGAUGAUAAAAAGAUUUAACAAAUUUUAUUUUGUUCGAUUUUUUUUUUUAUUCUGAUGUAAUGAUAAAAUUCUCUGAAUUUUUAUAUUCCUAUGUAGUUACUCCUUUUAGUUAAAUAGCUGGUAUUUAUGGUUUUUACUGGAAAAAAUACAAAAUGCACAUUUGAGAGGACUGCACUUGAAGAGGGUUCAUAGACUAGAUUCUUGGGCCAGAGCAUCCUAACUUAUUUGAUACUAAAAUUGGAUCUUAGGCAAAUUAAGAAGAACCUUUCUUGUUAAUAAAAACUUCCUUUUAACCA